AUGGCAUCUACUCUGACACUGAAUCACUUUGUGGCACUAAGUGAUAGCAGCUAUGACAUUGAUUUGGCUGCAUCAUCAUACUCUGACUCUGAUUGCAAUGACCCUGAGUAUGAUCCUGAUGGUGAAAUAGUUGAUGAGGAUGAUGAGGACGAUGUUCCUGUCUUAUCAUAUAAUGUUGAUGAUCCAUGUAUUGAUAAUGAUGUGAUAUUCCCAGAUGUGGAUCAGUGCAGGUCAGCAGUUACCCAUCAUGCUAUCUUGAAUGAUUGUGCUUUCCAUAUCAUCAAGAAAGAUAAGAAAAGAUUUAGAGCCAUAUGCAAGAGAGCAGAUAAGGGUUGCAAGUGGCAGUUUUAUGCAUCUACUAGCAAGAAGUACAUUGGAUGCAAGGUUAAGAUGAGUGGACCAAAGCACACUUGUGGUUCAUUCAACAAGUGUGGUGACACGAUGGCCUCAAAUAAAUGGGAUGAGCUGAAGAAGAAGUACAAGAUGGAUGUUCCAUAUGACAGGGUCUACAGAGGCAAAGAGAGAGCACUUGACAUAAUAAAUGGGAAGUGGGAUGACAGUUAUGAUUUUCUACCUACUUAUCGCUCUAAGCUUCUCAAAUCAGUACCUGACAGUAUCAUUGAGUUAGACACAGAAGAGCACAAUGGGGCUGUGUGUUUCAGGAGGUUCUUUGUUGCUCUUAAACCAUGUAUUGAUGGUUUUUUGCAAGGAUGCAUGCCCUACAUUGCCAUGGACUCCACUCACUUGACAGGAAGGUCAAGAGGUCAGUUGGCAUCAGCUGUUGCAGUGGAUGGUCAUAACUGGUUAUUUCCAGUUGCAUAUGGAGUGAUUGAGAUAGAGUCUAAGGAAAGUUGGACAUGGUUUAUCCAGAACUUGAAGAAAGCUAUUGGUACUCCUACAUGUUUGGUAAUCAGUACAGAUGCAGGCAAAGGAAUAGAAGUGGUUGUAGAUGAUGUGUACCCAGGAGUGGAACAUAGAGAAUGUAUGAGGCACUUGUGGAAGAACAUGAAGAAAAAGUACUAUGGUCCCUUGUUUGCUAAGAAUAUGUGGGCAACUGCCAAGAGCUUCACAAUUGAGAAGUUCAAUUACCACAUGGGGAAGAUAGAGGAGAAGAGUCCUGAUGCACUUUCCUGGUUGGAUAACAAUCAUCCAUAUGUGUGGAGUAGAAGAAAAUUCUCUGAUGACUGCAAGGUAGAUUACAUCAAUAAUAACCUCUCUAAAUGUUUCAAUAGCUGGGUGUCAAAAACCAAUGACAUGCAGAUUGUGGACAUGCAUUACAAGAUAAGACAGAUGAUCAUAACCAAGUUUCAUUUGAGAGGAAAGAUUGGUAGUAACAUGGAGGGCAGAAUAAUCCCAACUAUUACUAAGUCUUUGAAUGCUAAAAGCAAGGCUAUUAAGGACCAUGGGGUCUUUACAUGUGGAGCUGGAAUAGCUGAAGUAAUUGUGUCCACUAUCAGGCAUGCAAUCAACUUGGAGUAG